UCAUUAUAAUGUUCCGGCUCGGUAUCUUCCGCCAAGUUCCGCAUGAAGUCCAUAAAAAGACAUUCAUCCGGGCUGGGAAAAGUUUCACAGCUGGUCGGCUGCAGACGCGAUCUCCACUUAUUCCAAGGCAACGUUUCAUGCCAAAUUAUUUGGAAACUACACGAAGUAGGAUUUGGAUAUUUGAAUGAAAAAGUUAUAUUUCUGUUCAGAUUGAUGUCAUGCUAAGAACAGGAAAAUGUUGAACAACGAAAGAGAUCUAGUUACUAGACUAUUAAAGCAAAAUAUUGUCACAUUAUGUAAGGAGACCGUUUCAUACGACACGCAACUAGAAAUAGACGGAAUUAUUUGUAUCUCAACAGGGAACGAAUCCCAGCAGAUAGUAGUCAAGGUACACAACUUCUUCCAAAAACUUGGCAAUAAAUCACCAACUCCACGGAAACAUACCGAGCAAUCACACCAAUCACCGAAUGAUCAUGUUUGGAAGACAAACACGGAAGCAAAGAGGUACCCAAUAGGUCAAUUCAAUGGUCAAAAAGAUCCAAAUGAAAUUUUGCAAAAGCAGCUUCAAAAGUACAAAAAUGAUAUAAAACUACAAAAUGAAACAAAUGGUGGGAUUGUAGACAAUAAUAACGAUGCGACUUCUAAUGGAUAUGACGAGAACCACGUGGAACACAACAACCAAAGCGUCUCGCCACAAAUUCCGAAGACAAUUACUAGUCUGGAACAGGACGAGACCAGUUUUCAAGAAGAAAACGACAAAGGAAUUUUAAAUGAAUCCUCAAGUGGAAGCGAUACAAUGGAUUAUGAAGAUAAUGCAAUGAAUGAUGAUGUUGUAAAUGGAGCUAACGAUAAUCUCAGUAAUCCUCACAUAAUAUCGUUUCACGAGAAUGGAGACGUGAUUUCUGAAAUGCCAGGACAAAGUCCAGUUAAAAUGUCACCAACUGACGUACAAGCUAGCUUUAUCGACAUGAAAUCACCAAGAAAACAUUCAUCACGUGACGAAAACUCGAUGAUUGAAUGUAAACUGGGUAAAAACUGCAAUACUGACGAAGACUUGUCAAAGGUACCGAUACGACAAGUCCGAGAUAUACAGUGUAAACGCUGUGGUACUAUACUGUCAGACGGACAAGCGUUUGAGCAACAUAACACGGAUGUCCAUAGCGUGUAUACCUGUAGGGUUUGUUUUAAUACUUUCACCUGUAGAAAUAAUAUGAAGCGCCAUAUGCGACUCCACACUGGAUUUCGACCUUAUACUUGCAAGCUAUGCUCCGAAAGUUUCACCCGUAAAGACGAUAUAAAACGUCAUCUUAUACGUCAUAGCUUUGAUAAACCGUUCCGCUGUAAUGUCUGUAGGAAAGGAUAUAUGGAUCGCAAAACCGUAAAGAAUCAUAUACGAAAAGAACACCAUUCUAAAAUAAUUCACAUUUGUCAGACAUGCGGGGAAGCAUUUGAUAACUCUGUCAAAUUUCAGGAUCACAAAAAGAAUCAUCCAGAACUUAAAAUGUUUCAGUGUUCUUUAUGCAAAUUUACCGGGUCAAACUUAUUGACCUAUAACAAACAUCAGUUAAUACACGAGAUAAAGAAGGAUUAUUGCUGUGAACCAUGUGACCUUAAAUUUGGAGAUCCUUUCCGAUACACUACUCAUUUAAGAAAACACCGGUCUGAUCCUAACUUUAUCAGCUAUCGAUGCUGCUUUUGUAAUUUAAAGCUUUCAAGUUAUGAUCUUUUUAUGCGACAUGAACAUAGUCAUGAUCAAUCAAAACAGUUCACGUGCUUUGUCUGUAUGAAACAGUUUCAAAACGAUGCCUCACUGAAGGAACACAAACGAAGCCAUCCUACCUACAAUUGUGGAAAUGAGACACCUCCACCGAGCUUGCUGCCGAGUGUUAUUGCGUCCCGUUUGAUGGCUCAACAACCUAUUUUCCCAUCUUUUAUGAGUUCAUACUCCCCACAAGGUAUAUUACCUGAAGCACCUGAUCAACCAAUAGACGCAACAGUUGCAGCUACAACAUUGGAACUGGUCAAAACUGAAUUUCCAAAGCCGGAAACAAAAACUGACAUUGAAUCAAUGGAACAGUCAUUUCAACCCACACAGAGUACGGAGAACAACGACUACUGGUGUGCAGAAUGCCAACAUGGAUUUGCAACCGAAGAACACUUGACGGAGCAUAUAGUCCUUGCUCAUGAAGGAAGUGUUUUGGAUAACGAUGCUGAAGUAAGGAAUACAACCGACGAUUCUUCCAGAACAGAUAAGCAAAACGAAUUGGAUAAAAUACCGAAAUCUGAAUUGUUCGAGAUGUCUGAUAACAACGAAUCCAGCGACGAAUUAGAAAAUAUGGAAAUACACGAGAAUAUAGCUAGAUCUGUUUCACCGAGCGGCAUUAGGUAUACUCCAGUUCCAAUAUUCAGUAACCCAAGACUUAGCAAAAGAUCAAAAGCCCGCCAAGAAUCGAAAGCAGAAGGUGACUGUAAUAUUCAACCUGAGUCAAUCGACUUCAAAGACGAAAGGUCAAGUGACAGUGCUGGUGUCCCAUUGGUCGACACAGGAGACAACUCGUCAAGUCCAAAAACGGAUGAAUACUAUGAAAACAUUAAAGGGGACAAGAACUUCCACGCACAAACUCAUUUUUCAUGCAAUAUUUGCUUUCUGAGUUUUUCUGACUUUGAGCCAUAUGAUCUGCACAGCAGUAUGGUACAUCGGAAGUACAUAUGUCAUUUUUGUGGGAAAGAUUUUACGUCACGCCCAAAUCGCGAUCGACACGUGAGGUACCACACAGGAGAAAAACCGUUCAAGUGUGACGUGUGUCAUCAGAGUUUUGUUCGAGGGGACGAUCUACGCUACCACAGAACAUCGAAGCACCCAGAUGUGAAGCCAUAUACAUGUACUAUUUGUGGUUUGUCUUUUCCUUGGACGAAAGAUUUAGAGAGACAUGCAAAAACCCAUGGAAUAAGUUGACGUGUUAAUUAUCAGAGAUUGAGAUUGAAAAAAUAGUUUUAGUGGGCAUUUUGUGACCCUUGUUCUAUAUACAUUGAUUACACACUUUUUAUAUUAUGCAUGAUCAGAAAUAAUCGUUUGACCGAUAGUGUUGGCAUAUUACGUCCCAUAUGUUUAAUUUAUAGUUUUGCUAAAUCAAAAUAUAAUUCGUAAACCUAAUAAUAUACCAUGAAUGUAUUCAUAAAGUCGUCGUCAGUAUUAUUUCCACAAUUUCCAUUUUUGUGCGAUUGAGAAAAAGUAUCCAUGUCAACUGUUGUGAAGUGUACAAAGAUGCUUUUGUUAAAAAAAAAAUUAAAAAAAAAAUCAGUUUUGUUGCAUAAUAACGCGAUGAUAAAAACCUUUUAACUGUUUUUUUUUCUGUUGUACUAUAAUGUAGUGCUUUGAUGCUAGUAUAAGUAAUAUUUAUUUUCACUACACAUGUUUGUAAGAAUCAUAGCAGUAUUCCCAAACUAAGUUUUAAUUUGAUGCUAGUCCAUGAACAAUUCAUAUUAACACGCGUUUUGAACUUUGCUUCAAUUGCUUUCAUUGUUAUAUUGUUAUGUAUAAUGCUUGUAAUAAAUGUACAGGUUCGA